AGUUGUUUAGCUUCCUACUUAAUUAACUAUAGUAAUGACAGUAUUAGACUUGUUGUGUGAUGCUAACGUUAGCUAGACAAAACACUACCCUUUAAACAUAGGAGUGUAACUUUAUUUGAUAAUCAUGUUUAAUAUAAGCAGUAAAGCCAAAUGUUAGACAAGGUACAUUACUCUAGGUAAACACAGGGAAGGAGGAAACCGCUGAAUAGUAAUUGUGUUUUUCUUCAUUGAUAUGAGCCAUACCAUUUGAAUGAAUAAAAGUAAAAAGGCUACAUCAGAAGGGGAUACACAUAAUAAUAAUAAUACAACUAAUUUAAAUUAACAUGACGUGGUAAACCAUAGUAAUUGUGUUUUGCUGCCAUGGAAACUAGAAUUAUGACGCAUUAGUCAUAGUUAGAUAGUUUAGAUGAGGAGGAAACAUUUAGUAGGACAGUCCCUCCCCAGAUUAGAUAUCCUGGGCCAGAUCCUGGAAAGAAAAAUAAUGUAUGAAUGCUGUAAGGUCAGGCUUUAGCACAGACCUUACAGAAUGUUAAAGACGGAAAUCACUUUAUAAUGUAUUAUUGUAAGAUGAUCAACAUUGAAAUUAAUAUAUAAGUGUUUCCUUGUCCAACUAGCUUAUCAACUCCUGGAGUAUGGCAGUAAAGUAAUGACAACUUUUUUUACCAUGUGAAACUUUAUUUGUCAGGUCAAAGUUCUAUGUGAUUUAGAACAGACAAAUCCAGUCUGAUGGCCUGAUAUAUUCUGUGUGUCAUAUUUUCUGUAUUUUCCAUAUACCAUUUGUCAUGGGUGUGUGUUGGUGGACUUACCGGUUACUUACUGCCUAUGUGUGUUUCCAUAGAAGAGAUUGUGGAAUGCUGCUAAAUGAGACUCCAAUUUUUGAGCCCUCCCUCCUCCAGGAGCUGGACUGGAGUAGCAACACUGUCCCUUUCUCUCCCCCCAUCUCUCCCUCCAGCCCGGGGGAGGGCCUGGUGCUAAGGCCCCUCUGCACGGCAGACUUCCACAGGGGAUUCUUCAAAGUUUUAUCUCAACUCACCACAACGGGGGACGUCACACCAGAGCAGUUCACGAGGAAGUUUGAUCAUAUGAAGAAGUCAGGAGAUUACUACGUUGUUGUGGUGGAGGACACAAACCUGAGACAGAUCGUUGCCACAGCCACCUUGAUCACAGAACAUAAAUUCAUCCACUCCUGUGCUAAGAGAGGCCGGGUGGAGGAAGUGGUAGUCAGUGACGUGUGCAGAGGGAAGCAGCUGGGUAAACUGUUGGUUUCAGCUCUUACUCUUCUCAGCAAAAAACUGGAAUGCUACAAAAUCACACUUGAAUGUUCACCCACCAAUGUGGCUUUCUACCAAAAGUUUGGCUACACCGCAUCGCACGAGACUUACAUGCAGUGUCGAUUUCCCAACUAAGGACAGCAGCAGCUUUAAACCUCAGUUUUUGGAGGGGAUGGACCACACCUUUAUCUACUCGCUGAAACCUCAAAACAAAAUGUCUUACGAAUUAGGAGAGCUGGCCAAGGAUGAGUCAGUGGUUGUGAUCCUGAACUCAACACUGAGUAAACAUAAAUGGACCUUGAAGCCGUACGGUACAACAGCAUCCUCCACCCCUUUGGUAACCAUAGCGACCUCACCAGGGUGCAGCUCUGCCAUCAUCUUCCUCCAACAUCCGAAGAAACGUCUUCUCAUUGUGUUUCUUUAACAAUAAGUGGUUUUCUGGGAACUUACUAAGAAAAUAAUGAUCUUUAUGACUUAUCCAAUUGCCAGUAAAUACAAUUGCUUAGGAUUUAUAGAUGAAAUUUAAGUUGUGUUUCUUUUUAUAAUAUGUUCUUUGAUACAAAGUGCUCUAUAUGCUUGACAGUACUGUUGCUGGAUAACUAAUGAGGGUUUUAACACUACAAGACAUGAAUCAAUAAUAUCAAGACAAGACUGUUAUAAUGUAUAAUGUAUAAUAUUUCUAGUGAACAAAAAAGUUCUUCAGUGGUGAGGAAUUAACAAAAGUUUUGUAUUUGGCCGACAUUUGAAUUUUGAUCCCAGGUGUGAUAGGAACAGGUGAAAGAAACAUUUUGUGAUGGGAAAUGGAUAAAAGAGUUUUAUUAAUGGACUAUUAUUUAAGUUUUAUAAUUAUGCUGUUAUUCUGGAGAACAGGGGUACAUAUUUAAUGUAAUUUAUUUUCCAAAUAUGAAAUAAUCACAUAAUAUAUUCUAUGAUCUAC